CCACAUUGUAAACAACGCCACGAUCCUUCCUGCACGCUUACCGGGGACAGUCAGACAAGCAUAACAAGGAUAAACAAGUGAAAAAACAAGCCAUUCUUCACCAAAAUAAGCCAGUCUGACUCCCCUGCUUGCACGCUAUCCUCCAUCCCCCUCCUCCAGUCUCGUUCCUGCCCUCCACACUAAGCCAAGAUGCCGUACGCCAACCAGCCCUCGCUCAACCUGAUGGAGCUGACGGAGGAGAACAUCAAAUUCUACAUCGAGGACACGGAUCUGAGCGUGGCCAACAGCAUCCGCCGCAUCCUCAUGGCAGAGACGCCCACCAUCGCCAUUGACUGGGUGCAGCUGGAGGAAAACUCAACAGUGCUCAGCGAUGAGUUCAUAGCCCAUCGCAUUGGCCUGAUUCCCUUCACGUCGGACGAGAGGAUAGAGCAGAUGCAGUACUCUAGGGACUGUUCCUGCACAGACUACUGCCCCGAGUGCUCUGUGGAGUUCACGCUGGACGUCAAGUGCCAGGACGACCACACGCGGCAGAUCACCACGGCCGACCUCAAGUCCUCCGACGCCAGGGUCAUCCCCGUCACCUCACGCCACAGGGAGGACGAGGCCAGCGAGUACGGGGAGAGUGACGACAUCCUAAUUGUCAAGCUGCGUAAGGGCCAAUCUCUGCGACUCCGAGCAUACGCCGUGAAAGGGUUCGGCAAGGAGCAUGCCAAGUGGAACCCAACCAGCAGCGUGGCCUUCGAGUACGACCCCGACAAUUCCCUCCGCCACACACUGCUGCCCAAGCCCGAGGAGUGGCCCAAGAGCGAGUACUCCACCCUGGACGAAAACACACCCCAGGCAGACUUCGACCCGACCGGCAAGCCCAACAAGUACUACUACAAUGUUGAAAGUGCCGGAGCCCUCAAGCCAGAGAACAUCAUCCUCAUGGGCAUCGCAGCGCUGAAGAAGAAACUGUCGGACCUCCAGAACCAACUCAGCAUGGAGGCACAAUCAGAUGCCUUGGCCAUCAACUAGACCUCUUGUUAGUGUUAGUUAGGGUAGGUUUAUGAGUCUGUGUUUAUGAGGGCUGCGAGAACUGUUGGUGUCACUGGCCGUCACCGAGAACUCUUUAUUAGUUAGUGUUGUAGUGCUGCUGGAACUGUUGAUGUAAGUGUGUCAGUCACUUGCCAUCAAUUAAAACUCGUUAGGUUAAUUCAUGGUUGUCGUCUAUCUUUACGAGUGCCACAGGAGUUUAUGAGUGUUUAUAAGUCUGUGUUCACGAGGACUGCCGGAACUGUUGGCGUCACUUGCUGUCAACGAGAUUUAUGCAUAACAAUGAUCUCUUAUUUCCAGGUUUUCUUGAUAAGUCAUUGAAGCUGUCGGUGGCAACAAGAUAGGCAUGUGCUGUUGAGUGUUACCAUUGUGUCUCUUUAGUGUGAGUGUUGCUGUUGCAGGUUCAUUCAUAUCAUACAUUCUCCUCAUUGCAGAGUCACCAAGGAACUCCAAACCUCAAUUCAGCUCACAAUGGGAACUUCAGAUAUUAAUAAAGAAUUUGUAUUAGAAACUUUA